UGCAGGUCACUGGGAGUUGGUACAUUUGCUGAUCCAAGAUCUUGCGACCACUUCAUCAUCUGUAUGGGUGGAACCUGGAUGAACUUCCCUCCCCACGUGAUGUCAUGCCCGGCAGGGACAAGGUUUGACCGCAAUCUUAAGAUAUGCAAUUACGCAUCCAGGGUACCCUGUGACCACUGA